GGCUCGUCAAAGAUGGCGGCCCCCAGAGCGGGAGCGUGAAAGUUGUUGGUGAAAGACGCUGUCCACCUGCGCUGGCAUCGCAACCCAGUGGGGACCGUGCGCCAUGUCGCGACUGAUCGUGAAGAACCUCCCGAAUGGGAUGAAGGAGGAGCGUUUCAGGCAGCUGUUUGCCUCCUUUGGCGCCCUGACCGACUGCAGCCUGAAGUUCACCAAAGACGGCAAGUUCCGUAAGUUUGGCUUCAUCGGCUUCAAGUCGGAGGAAGAGGCCCGAUCGGCACUGAACCAUUUCAACAGGAGUUUUAUCGACACAUCCCGGAUCGUGGUGGAGUUCUGCAAGUCGUUUGGGGACCCGACAAAGCCCCGGGCCUGGAGCAAGCAUGCCCAGAAAACAAGCCAGUCUAAGAAUCCCUCAAAAGGCCAAGACUCCGUCUCGACGGAACCUAAGAAAGAUGACAAGACGAAAAAGGUAGCGGGUGAGCUGGAGAAGCUGAAGAAAGACGCCGAGUUCCGGGAGUUCCUGUCGGUUCAUCAGAAGCGGACGCAGACAGCCACUUGGGCGAACGAUGCCCUGGACGCCGAGCCCUCGAAAGGGAAGGGCAGGACUGCCAGUGACUACCUGAACUUCGACUCCGACUCGGGGCAGGAGAGUGACGAGGAGGGGCCUGGGGGGGACCCGGAAGAGGAGGGUGGCCGCGAACCCAGGGCAGCCGUGCAGCAGGAACUGUCCGACAUGGACUACCUGAAAUCCAAGAUGGUCACGUCCGAGUCGCUGUCAUCCUCGGAGGAGGAGGGGAGCGAAGACGAAGCUGUCAGCUGUGCGGACGGGAGCGAGGCCGUCCGGCAAGACGGAGGGGGGCGCGCGGCUGGCCCGGAGCAGGACGCGCCGUCCAGGGACAAGAGGCCGGGGGCGGCCGGCGCUGAGGCAGACAAACCAGCAACCCAGAAGGAACCCACCACCCCCCACACCGUGAGGCUGCGGGGAGCCCCGUUCAACGUCACGGAGAAGAAUGUCGUGGAAUUCCUGGCCCCGCUGAGACCAGUGGCCAUUCGAAUAGUGAGAAAUGCUCACGGGAACAAGACAGGGUACAUCUUUGUGGAUUUCAGCAGCGAGGAGGAAGUGAAACAAGCUCUCAAAUGCAACAGGGAGUACAUGGGCGGGCGCUACAUCGAGGUGUUCAGGGAAAAGAACGCCCCCACGGCCAAGGGGCCCUUGAAGAACAGCGCCAAACCCUGGCCAGGCCGGACCCUCGGGGAGAACGAAGAGGAGGAGGACCUGGCCGACUCUGGGAGGCUCUUCGUACGGAACCUGCCCUACAGCAGCACCGAGGAAGACCUGGGACAGCUCUUCUCCAGAUUCGGUCCCCUGUCUGAGCUUCAUUACCCCAUUGACAGCCUGACCAAGAAACCCAAGGGCUUUGCCUUCGUCACCUUCAUGUUCCCCGAGCACGCCGUGAAGGCCUACGCGGAAGUGGAUGGGCAGGUGUUCCAGGGCAGGAUGCUACACGUGUUACCGUCCACCAUCAAGAAGGAAGCCAAUGAGGACACUGAUACCUCAGGAUCAUCGUCUUAUAAGAAGAAGAAAGAAUCUAAAGACAAAGCCAACAGCUCCAGCUCUCACAACUGGAACACGCUGUUCAUAGGCCCAAACGCUGUGGCCGACGCCAUUGCACAGAAAUACAGCGCCACCAAGAGUCAAGUGUUUGACCACGAGACCAAGGGCAGCGUGGCCGUGCGUGUGGCCCUAGGGGAGACCCAGCUCGUUCAAGAAGUACGGCGCUUUCUCCUGGACAACGGGGUCAGCCUGGACUCCUUCAGCCAGGCCGCAGCCGAGCGAAGCAAGACUGUAAUUCUGGUGAAGAACCUCCCGGCGGGCACCCUGGCGGCCGAGCUGCAGGAGACCUUUGGCCGAUUCGGCAGCCUGGGCCGAGUGCUGCUGCCCGAGGGCGGUGUCACUGCCAUCGUGGAGUUCCUGGAGCCCCUGGAGGCCCGCAGGGCCUUCAGGCAUCUGGCCUACUCCAAGUGUCGCCACGUGCCCCUGUAUCUGGAAUGGGCUCCGGUGGGCGUCUUCUCCAGCUCCGCCCCGCAGAAGAAGGAACCCCGAGACCCCCCAGCGGGACCUGCGGAAGAGGGCACGGUGGAGCCGGAAACCUUGCCAGACAACGAGACCCCGGAAGGUGAAAAGCCAACAGAGAGAAGAGCUGAGGACGCUCCAGCGAAAGAGGAAGAAGAGGAGGAAGAGGAGGAGGAGGAGAGCCCCCCCGGGUGUACCCUGUUUAUUAAAAAUCUCAACUUUGCCACGACCGAGGAGACCCUGAAGGAAGUGUUUUCCAGAGUGGGAAUGGUGAAGAGCUGUUCUGUUUCCAAGAAGAAGAACAAAACAGGAGAGCUGCUCUCCAUGGGAUUUGGGUUCGUGGAAUACAGGAAGCCGGAGCAGGCCCAGAAAGCUCUCAAGCAGCUCCAGGGUCACAUCGUGGACGGCCACAAGCUGGAAGUGAGGAUCUCAGAACGAGCCACGAAGCCAGCUCUGACGUCCGCUCGGAAGAAACAAGUGCCCAGAAAGCAGACGACCUCAAAGAUCCUGGUGCGCAACAUCCCCUUCCAGGCCGACAGCCGGGAGAUCCGAGAGCUCUUCAGCACCUUCGGGGAGCUGAAGACCGUCCGCUUGCCGAAGAAGAUGAGCGGGACAGGCUCGCACCGAGGGUUCGGCUUCGUGGACUUCCUCACGAAGCAGGAUGCAAAGAGAGCCUUCCACGCCCUGUGCCACAGCACCCACCUGUACGGCCGGAGGCUGGUGCUGGAGUGGGCCGAUUCCGAAGUGAGCCUGCCAGCCCUGAGGCGGAAGACGGCCGAGCGUUUCCACGAGCCCCCGAAGAAAAAGCGGUCUGUGAUGUUGGACGAGAUCCUGGAGCAGCUGGAAGACAGUGAAAAUGACAGUGAGGAGCAAACCCUUCAGCUGCAAGCUGGCACCGAGAGGGUUUAGUGAGAAAAAAAUGCCGCCUUAAUCCACGAAGAACCCCCGGGCGCGGGGCUGAGCACGUGAGACCAGCCCAGAAACUCCUGUUCUCGCCUUCCCCUGCGGGGCUGUCAGCGGGGGGUUCCCACCCACGGCCCUCCGCGGGAGUGCUCCCGGCUGGGGACUUGGCCUCCGUCCUGCUCCAAGGUCACCUGGGACCGCCAGCGACCGAGCACGGGGCUGGGGAGCCUCUGAGCUGCUCACGAAGCCCAGCCACCAGCCUCACCAGUUGCGCCUAAGCCGUGUCUCUGAUGGCGGACGCCCUCCGCUCACAGGCAGGGGACCCCGUGAGACGCGCCCCGGCCCCGGCAGGCGGUGUCGAAAGGCUUAUCCCGGGCUUGGGGCGCCCGUGCACACACACCUGCUCCAGCCUGGAAAUAAGGCCUCCCCCGUGGGGAGGAAAGAGCCACAGCUGGUCUGCUCUGGGUCUGAAUCCCAGCCUCGCCCUCCUCAGCCCCCGCCGCAGACCAGGGAGGUCCCUUCUGACCCCCGGCUUCCCUUUCUGUACGAGGGAGGUGACAUUGUGCCAGCCUGGUGUUUGACUGCCCCCGUCAACCCAAGUAAAGCCCAGAGAAAAUGCCCAUCAGCACUUCUGUUCUUAAUUUGGGACCUCUGGCCAGGGCUCCAGGUGCGCGUCCAGGAACCUUCCGACUUUGCAGAAAACCGGGUCUGUGCGUUUCCGGAGACGGGAGGUUCCCGUCUCCAUCCGCUUGCCUGAGCCGUCUGGAACCCCAAUGAAGCUCCACGGCGCUGGUCGCUCUGUGAGGCUCAGCCCAUGGGGCAGGUGCCCAGCCCUGGGAGACAACGGAGGCAAAAGGCACAAACCCCGAGGAGCUUGGUCGCCAGCCUUUAUGCUGGAGUGUCCUGCAGAGAGCAGGUGCGGCCACAGUGUGCAGGUGGGGCUGUACGGCAGGGUCAGUGUUAAGCCUCACCCCGGCCAGGCCCUCGGGUGGCCAGUCCCCCCGGGUGCCGUGGGUCUUGGGGGUGACGGGCCCGCCCCAUUCCCCCGCCACUGCCUGUCCCGUUGAGCGGCACGUGGGUCCCCCUGGCGGAACACACGAUUUGUGCUCCCACUGCCAGAGCCAGGCCGAUGGUGGGGGGUAGUGCAUGUCACCAAAUAGGAGGCCAUCGGACCCCCUGGGCCUGGCCCACGGGAGGCGUCGCUGGCACAGACUUAAGUGACUCGGAUGAAGGUAACAGAACAUCCCCGGGGCAGGACCGGCCAAGUCCUGCAGCCUGGGGCUGCAUGCCGAGCAUGGGCUAUCAUUCACACCAGCCUGGGACGCUGGGUCCCCUUCCCUCUCACUGCCCUGCCUGGCCUCUCUGCCCCCCAACCCCACAGGGGCUCACUGUCUAGACAGGGAGCCGCCACAUAAGCAAAUGAGAGCAGUCGAUUCGGCUCCCCUGGAGAUCGCGGGGGGCCCCAUCACCCCUCCUUCAUGCCACACCUGGCUCUCCAGGACAUCCAUGGCGGAUGCCACCCUCAUCUCCCCCCUUCCCCUUCCCCAGGGGCACUGCAUUCUCCACAGGCAGCCAGGGGGGUCCAGCUGGAUCCGUGAACCAGAUCAUACAAGUCAUAGCUUAAAACCCGUCAGGGCCCGCCACACACUUGGAACGAAGUCACGUUCCUUGCCCGGCGAGAAGGCCCUGCCUCUUGUCCCUCACUUCCUGCAUGCUGGCCUUUCCAGCAUGCUCCCACCCCAGGGCCUUUGCACUUGCUCUUCCCCCUGCCCAGACACCCUUCCCCCGCAUCUUUCCUGUCUCUCUUUAUUUCCCUUUGAGAUCUUAGUUUAAAUUCUCCUUCCUCACUCAGAGAUUGGUCCUGACCGCUUUAUCCAAAGGGGCCACACUCCACCCCUGCCACGUGCGGACGUCCCUGUCUCGGACGUCCCUGUCCCUUCCCCAUUGAAAAUGACUGCAGCCCUGAGCAGUCAGGAGCUACUAACGCUGUGUAACUUAUAUCGGAACUGCCGUGUCUAUUACGAUUCUGGAAGGAGGCGGAGCAUGGCCAGAUGACCGUCCAGCGAAGCUGGGUCAAGUUCGCCCGGCACGGGGGAGGGGCCGCCGGGAGUACCUGGGAGAAACGCAUCCAUCCAGAGUGUGCCGGGUGAACUGUGGGGACUCCUGACUGUGGGGCCCAGACAUCCGGCAGACGGGCACUGUUGUCACCAGGAACAUGGGGCGCAGGGGAGCUUAUGAGGAGGGUUUAGAAGUGACAGUGGGCCAUCAUUCGGUCCAGAGAAGAAAUGCCAGGAAUAAACCACGGAGGUGGCCGCUGAGGAAGGGGUGCGGCCCCGGCGAGCCUCCCGAUGUAUGUGCAGACUCACCCGUUUCUCAAGGGGGUCUUUGACCCCCGGAUGGUCAGGGGGAGCCAGGAAGAGGGCCGUGCUGGAGGCUGGACCGGAGCAGGCACCCGGAGAGGGGAGGUGAUGUGGGGCCGGGGACCGCAGGGUCAGAGGGGGGUCCUGACCUCAAGGCCUGUGCAGACGGCCGUUAGCAGAGUCAGGAGCUAGAGCCCUGCCUGUGUGCCCCACGUCUACACACGACACACCCACCGCACGCCUGCUGGGACUCCCGGGGCCCAAGCCCCGCAGGUCGUGUUUCCCAGCCUCCCCUGGCAACAGCCUGGCAGCAGGGUUUGGUCGGGGGUGGGCGCCUUCAGGCUCUGGGGGCUCAUAGGA